GACAUUUCACACUAGUACGAUCGCACUGUCCGAUCGCGAUCUUAUGCCCGAUCUCGGAAUGCUGAAAAAUACAUUAUAAUAGCAUCAGUAGCAGCUGGUCACGACAAAAUUAUCUAACCACUGUCAAAUAGUGCAGUACCAUAAUCCGGAUGCGGUUGUGACCCCAGCUGAUGGACAGUUAUUGGUGAAAAAAGAGCGAAUCAGAGGUUGUUCCCACAACAGAAAUUGAGUGUGCUGCUUCUUAGUGAAUUGCCCUUUUGUCGGCGGGGCACUAAAAUGUCAACGCAAACACCAACUAACAAAUUUACCAACGUCGUCGGUUGGACCAAUCGUCGCAGCCCAAUUCAUCAUCUUACCACGGCUCAGGAUGUGAUCAGUCAGGGAAAAUGUCUCUGCGGUGAAUACAUUCGAGGACGCCUGAAGCGAGCUGGUCUACUAAACAGGAAAAUUCUACAACGCUUACGAAGCACGAUGGAAGUUCCAAACUGUGUUGUUGUCCGUGAAACUAUUCCAAUUUUGAAUGAAAUGGGUGAAGAGCUGGAACGCAUGCAUCCGAGAUUGUACAGCAAUGUAAGUCGACAGAUUUCCCUCGAACCAUGGGGAGAACUGACAGAACCCGAUUCAGUUGGUUAUUUACUGCAUGUGGUGGCAAAGGAUUUGUUUAAAACUGAAAUCACCUGGGGUAAGGUGAUCUCAUUGUUUGCAAUUGCCGGUGGACUAGCAGUGGAUUGCGUUCGACAGGAACACUACGACUACUUACACCAAUUGAUCGAGGGCACAACCGAUGUGAUCGAGGAAGACCUGAGUACAUGGCUGGUCGAGAAAGGUGGCUGGCUAGGACUGUUGGAUCAUGUUCAUCCCCCACAAACCGAAAUAACAUUCCUCGGUUGGAUGACCAUCACCAUCUCCACAAUCUUUGUAAUUUACUUAAUUUCGGUUUUACUUAAACAUCUCGGUAACAAUUACCUGUCGAAAUAUUAGCGAAUCAACGAAACACGCGUCCAUUUUAUAUACAUAGAUUGCGAUAGUGAUAAAAAGUUUGAUUGUGAUUUGUAAUUUUACCAGCUUAUCAAUAAUUAUUUCAGAGUAUGCACCGGCACAUAUAAGCACGACACUUAAAAUGGAAACAAUCUUUAUUUAAUUUUUGUUUUAUAGCAGAAGCAUAAAAAGGGAAAUGGCAAUAAAUAAUAGAUUUCGCUUGUUGGCUAGUUGGUACGAUAUUGUCGAUGUUAAAUAUAAAGGUGCUCUUUAAGCAUACUCACUGUUGACUUAUGAAUAAUUAUCUGUUUACAUCUAAAGUCUCCAAUCCCUUUAAAACGUUCCAUCUGCAACUACAAGUGAUACUAAUGCUCAAAGCGUCGAAUAGCUAACCUACAUUCUUACUUUUUUCAUGAUAUUGAUUAUGGUUUGAAGAAAAAUAAAACCGUACCUUAAAAACGCA